AUGGCAACAGGAGUAGCAGCAUGGCUUCCAUUUGCCAGGGCUGCAGCCAUUGGCUGGAUGCCCGUGGCCAACUGCCCCAUGCCCAUUGCACCCAGAGACAACAGCAAGAAACAAGAUGAGCUGAUCCUCCUUAAUGUCAGCGGCCGCCGCUUUCAGACAUGGAGAACAACUCUGGAUCGCUACCCAGACACGCUGCUGGGCAGUUCUGAGAAAGACUUCUUCUAUAAUGAGGAAACCAAGGAGUACUUUUUUGACCGAGACCCAGACGCCUUCAGAAGUAUCCUCAACUUCUACCGAACAGGGAAGCUCCACUACCCUCGUCAUGAGUGCAUCUCAGCCUACGAUGAGGAGCUGACGUUCUUCGGCAUCAUGCCCGAGAUCAUUGGUGACUGCUGCUACGAAGAGUACAAGGAUAGAAAGAGGGAAAACUUGGAGCGGCUGCAGGAUGACCAGGAGGAGAACAAGGACUUGAAGCAGUCCAACUUGAACUUCAGAGAGACCAUGUGGCGCGCCUUCGAGAACCCCCACACAUCCACCCUGGCCCUGGUCUUCUACUAUGUUACUGGUUUCUUCAUUGCCAUCUCUGUCAUCACUAAUGUUGUAGAGACGGUUCCCUGUGGCUCCACUGCCAACCAAAAAGACCAGCCUUGUGGCGAACGCUACACAGUGGCGUUCUUCUGCAUUGACACUGCCUGCGUCAUGAUAUUCACAGUGGAAUACCUUAUGCGUUUGUUUGCUGCACCCAGUCGUUACCGUUUCAUGCGUUCCGUGAUGAGCAUCAUCGACGUGGUGGCCAUCUUGCCGUACUACAUCGGCUUGGUGAUGACCAACAACGAGGACGUGAGUGGCGCCUUCGUGACGCUGCGCGUCUUCCGAGUGUUUCGCAUCUUCAAGUUCUCCCGCCACUCGCAGGGCCUUCGGAUCCUCGGUUAUACGCUCAAGAGCUGUGCUUCAGAGCUGGGCUUCCUCCUUUUCUCCCUCACGAUGGCCAUCAUCAUCUUUGCCACGGUCAUGUUCUACGCAGAGAAGGGUUCCAGUUCUAGCAAGUUCACCAGCAUCCCAGCUUCCUUCUGGUACACGAUUGUCACCAUGACCACACUGGGGUAUGGAGACAUGGUACCAAAGACAAUUGCUGGGAAGAUCUUUGGCUCCAUCUGCUCCCUGAGCGGCGUGCUGGUGAUUGCGCUGCCUGUCCCCGUCAUCGUGUCUAACUUCAGCCGCAUUUACCACCAGAAUCAGAGGACAGACAAACGGCGUGCUCAGAAGAAAGCCAGGCUGACCCGGAUAAGAAUAGCCAAAUCCAGCAGUGCCAACGCCUUCCUCCAGGGCAAACGCAACGGACUCAUCAAUGAAUUGCUGGAGCUGACGGGUACUGAUGAGGAAGAGCAGAAACUGAUCAGGGCCACCUCUCUGUUAGAGAGCCAACACCACCACCUGCUGCACUGUCUGGAGAAAACCACUGCUCAUGAGUUUAUUGAUGAGCAGAUGUACGAGCAGAACUGUUUAGAGACGGCGUUGCAGACCUAUCCGUCCCUCAGCCCGUCUAUAGCCAGCCAAGGCAGCCCUGUGGUGAGCUGCUGUGGCCGGGGGGCGAAAAAAAACGCUCCCCUGCCCAACGCCAGCCUGCCCCCUGCCAACCCCGUCCCAACACACCAAGGUCACCUACAGGAGCUCAGCGCCCUGCACAUACAGAGCAGGGACCCCCUGUCACACACAACCAGCCGCUCAACCCUCAACCUGAAAACUGACAACAGCAAAAGGAUCAACUGUAAACGUGGCCGCUUCACCACAGCUAUCAUCAGCCUCCCGACACCUCCUGCUCUGACCCCGGACAGCGAUGGCCUCCACGGCCCCCUGCAGCGAAGGAUGCCCUUGCCUCCAGGCCGCCCAGCAGCCCCGAGCAUCCAGACCACAACAAGCUCAGCUGGGUCCAACAUCGUCAAAGUCUCAGCUUUGUGACUUCAAGGCUGGAUGGAUGGAGCUCAGGAGGACAAGAAACAAGGUGAUGA